AUGAUUCUCACGUUGAUUCUGCUGAUGUUCUUUCCGGUCCUUCAGAGAUCUACUCCUCGAUGUUCGCCCACAGUGUUUUAUCGAAACUGCUGGCUGCGUCAUUUUCCUGGCGUACUCAUAGAUCUGCCACUUUCCAGAAGCAGGGGCGCCCACCUGGUCAAUUAUUACCACGCGAAGACUGCUCGACAAUGCAGCAGAACCUGCUGCCUCCUUCAGAAUGACACAUGUAACAUAGCCGUCUUCAGCUUUGCCCAAGAACAGGGCGGUUCCAACUGUUUUCACCUUAACUGCCCAAAUCAGGAAAGUUGCAUAAUGAGAAGAAAGAUUGAUUUUACACUAUUUAACAUAACAAGAGGUGAAGAUCCAGAUUUGCUUGUUUUUGGAGACCGUCGAAAUAAAGCCAGAGAGCCAAGCUUCCGAUUUUCCACCAACAUGUCAAGACCUAAUAAUUCCGGAUACCUUGGGCUGGACAAACAACGCUAUUACAACAGGUAUGCUUCGCUUUCAUCACAAGCAACUCUUUCCACCUACGACUGGUACACAAAUGGGUCACUUCCAUCACGGACUCCACUUCUUUCCCCAUCGAACCCGGUGUCGGUCACUGAUUCUCUGGACAUUGGGAGAGGCGUAAACAAUAGCCGAACCGACUCGACUGAGCCACCAGAAGCGCUAGCCUUAAUCAAAGGUGAGCUGGUCCCUAACGUUGCGUCGGAGACCACUUUCCAGCCCUCUCACUUUCUUAUCAAUGCAACUGAUGAAGAAUCAAGUAAUCUCAAAUCGACUCCUAACACCCACUCCUUCGGAAAGGCAAACAGCACUAUAGGGAGCAUUGGCAAGAACCAGACGAUUGAGGGCACGACAACCACGACACCUUGGCAAGUGGAUCUAGAGGUUUUACUGACUCCAUUAUUGAUGUUAUCUUUAAUCGCGUUGAUUUCUGUGUGCGGUAUUGUAUGGGUAGCAAUAUGGUGCAAGAAAAAGCGAGGUUACUACAGACCGCUCCAGCCCGGUGGUGCUGGAAAAGACAACAUCGAAAUUAGAAACAGGUUAUUUUAA